AUGCAAGUUCAUACUGAGCCCCCUGUUGCAGGGGCGGCUUCACCUACUCCCAAAGGUCCCGAGGCCAAUGCAAAGGCCCAAUCUGAGGCGGCUUCUCCAGCUCCGGCUGCGAAACAGCAAGCCAGAGGUCCAUCUCUCCACCAGAUAUACGCGCUACCUGCACCCAUCCGAACCUUUCCCCUGCCAGCAUUCUAUCCCAACAACCCUGUUUCGCUGCUACACAUUGCCUACGCAUGGUUUGGCCAGGUUUUCCGCCCGCCGCCCGCCGAGCCCGCCGUAAUCCACCACGGCGUCUGGUCUGAGACGACCAUCUCCGUGCACAUCAAGGAUGAAAAGUCCAUGAGGGCCUUGUGGGAGCAAGGCUUCUAUGGCAAGGGUAACCUGAGCCGCAGUGAGCCCAACUGGCUCAAGAGGGAGCAGGUCCAGAGGGGACUCCAGGAAGCCCAUGUCAGCGAGAUUUUCACGCAGCAGAGGCGAGAGGAGCGAGCACAAGCCAAGUGGGAGCGUGCGCGACUUGAGCAGGAAGCCAUUUUGAAGACGAAGCUUGAGGAGGAGCGGCUGGCUGCAUCUCAGGCAGCCGUGUCAGAAACGCCUUUGCUUCCGCUUGCACCCGUUGGCCCGCUGGAGCUCCUCGCACUUCCAAACUCGGCCGUCGUAUCACUGCCGGUGCCUGCCCCGACACCUGUGCCCUCGUUUGCAGCUCCUGUUGGUCCGCUGCAGAUUCUGGCGUUGCCCAACUCGGCUGCCGACAUUGUCAAGUUGACCGCAAAGGCCGCCAUUAAAUCCAAGGCAAACGGGACCUUGACACUCUCCUCCCACCACGGUUCUGAUGGCACGGGCAACACGAAGCUGCAGCGCAGAAAGAGCGUGCGGUUUUCUCCCACUGUGGAAUCGGCCACGUACAAAGCGACGGACCCCCCGAGCCCCAAUCGGUCUCCGCCCGUGUCACUCUCCCAGCCAUCUCAAACCAACGGCCAGGGCAAGCCGAACGGCCAAGCUCUGCCCCAGCUGCCGUCGGCGAGCGUGCCCGUAUCAGACCCCAUCAUCAACAAGGAGCACCUCCAGCUGAUGCCGGAAGAGGCUUUUUUCCUCUCCUUUGGUCUGGGAGUUCUUGAAGUAACGGAUCCCGCGUCUGGCAGAGUACUGUCGCGCCAAGAUUUGUUCCGUCUAUUCCGGCAAUACUCGUACUUCCCUCCCCGAAACGGCCCAGACGAGCCUGAUCUGGAGCCGGAUGACGGGUUCCUGCUUCAUUACGCCGUGUAUCACCACUUUCGGUCUCUGGGCUGGGUGCCUCGAGCAGGCAUCAAAUUCGGCGUCGACUGGUUGCUGUACGCCAGAGGGCCGGUGUUUGACCACGCCGAGUUUGGGCUGAUUGUGAUUCCCUCAUACUCGGAUGAGUGGUGGAAGAAGCAAGGCAAGCAGGGACCGCGGAAGCCGUGGUCAUGGCUGCAUAGCGUCGUGCGAGUGCUGUCCCACGUCACCAAGAGCCUGGUGCUGGUCUACGUGGACGUGCCGCCGCCUCACAAGUUUGACGAGGCGCUGAAGACGGGUGCCGCGGAGGCGAUGAAGCUGUACAAGGUGCGGGAGGUGAUGGUGAAGAGGUGGUCGAGCAAUCGAAAUCGGUGA